AUGGCCACCCUCAACCUCCCUGCCUUCUCCCUCGCCGGCGACAUCGACAUCGUCAGCCCCUUGUCUUCGGUCCAGUCGUUGGUGGUGAAAUCCGCUGUUGUGCUCUCUCUCCACAUCCUUCUGUUCAUCAUGCUCGUGCCGCAGCAAGAGAAGAAGAAGAGCCGAAGGUCGCAUUGGCUCGAGAAGAAGGAGCAGACUCCCUCCCUGCCCGCUGGCUUGCCUGCUGCUGGUGGCAAGCAUGAGAGGAAAGACAGCCUGAUGGCGUGA